AACUCCCAAACUCCAUCCUUGUCCUCAGUGUCUUCUUGGAAAUACGUCCUUCAGGAGGAAAUACGCUUUUCAGGGUGGGGAGAAACUGGUUUACGGUCCUUUCUAAAAUGAUUGCUCAGUGUUAAUGCAAGGUAGACGUCCACCAAGAAGGUCAAUUCUCUCCUCCAGCUUCUCACGCAGCUCUGAUCCUUCCCGUUGACCGUCAUGAGCUUCACCGAGAUCUUGGAACAUGUCGGCAGCCUGGGAAGGUUCCAAAUCGUCUACGUGACCCUCAUCUCCAUUCCGGUGUGCAUGAUGGCUUGCCACAUGAUGCUGCAAAAUUUCACCGCAGGGACGCCGGAUCACCACUGUGUGGUCCGCCGCCACGCCGCUCCUGGGAACCAGAGUUUGGAAGAGGAGGGUCUCCUAGUGGUCUCCCUUCCCAUGGAUGAGAACCAAAAGCCAGCGCAGUGUCGCCGUUUCCGUCACGAGCAGGGGUGGCCUUUGAACGGCACCGCCAAGAAUGACACCCGGAUGGAGACCGAGCCGUGUAGCGACGGGUGGGUGUACAACCGAAGCGUCUUCCGCAGCACCAUUGUGACGGAGUGGGAUCUAGUUUGUUCUUCCCGGACGCUAAAGCAAAUGGCACAGUCGGUUUACAUGGCUGGUGUUUUAGUCGGUGGGAUCUUAUUCGGAGGCCUCUCGGACAGGUUUGGACGCCGGCUGAUCCUUUUGUGGUGUUACCUGCAGCUGGCCAUAGCUGGCACAGCGACCACGUUUUCCCCCAAUCUCAGCGUCUACUGCGCCCUUCGCUUCCUCACCGGGAUGGCUUUCUCAGGCAUUGUGCUCAACGGCGUCUCUCUGUGCGUGGAGUGGACGCCCACCAGGACUCGCCCCGUGCUGGGGGCCCUCAACGGCUGCGCAUACACCACCGGGCAGAUCGUCUUGGCAGGCCUGGCGUAUUUCCUCCCAGACUGGCGCCAUUUACAGCUGGCUGUGUCUCUACCUUACUUCUUCUUCUUCUUUUAUUCUUGGUGGCUUUCCGAAUCAGCUCGCUGGCUGAUUAUAUCUGGGAAACUCGAGCGGGCCGUGACAGAGCUGAAGAGGGUGGCCAGAAUAAACAGGAAGCACGAAGCUGCUGGAAAGCUGGAUGCAGAGUUUUUGAGAUCCAAGAUGAAGGAGGAGUUGGCCUCCAUGAAAUCGAAGACUUCGUUCCUCGACUUGGUCCGGACGCCCACCAUGCGCCGCAUCUCCCUCUGCAUCUGCUUCGUGUGGUUCUCCACCAGUUUUGCUUAUUACGGCCUGGUUAUGGACUUGCAGAAUUUCGGGGGCAACAUCUACUUGAUCCAACUCUUUUUCGGAGCGGUUGACUUCCCGGCUAAAUUUCUCUCGGUCCUUACCAUCAGCUACAUUGGCCGCCGGUUCACCCAAGCCGCUGCCCUCAUCUUGGCUGGGUUAACCAUCCUGGCCAACAUCUUCAUCCCUCAUGAUCUGCAGACCGUGCGGACUACGGUGGCCGUUUUUGGGAAGGGCUGCCUAGGUGCCUCUUUCAAUUGCAUCUAUUUGUUCACUGGAGAACUUUAUCCAACGGUGCUCCGGCAGACCGGCAUGGGCCUCAGCAACACCAUGGCCCGCUUGGGUGGCAUCGUGGCUCCAGCGGUGAGGAUGACAGGAGAAUAUAUCCCAUUCCUACCCCAUCUGAUCUACGGGGCCGCUCCCAUCAUAUCUGGAAUCGUUGCCACCUUCUUGCCGGAAACGCGCAACAUCCCAUUGCUGGAGACGAUCGAGCAGGUGGAGAACAGAUCCCGGAAUAAGGGCCAGAAGCUGGACGCACAGCAAACGGAGGGCCUCUUGGUCCCCAGCAUGCAUGAAAGCAAGAAAAUCACUGUUUAAGGAGAGAAAAACAAGAUCCACAGGGCCUACCUUUGCAGGAAGAUCCAUGAGGAACAAGGACAGGGCCACACUUUGGAACAAUGCGUCCACGUGAGCCGCCCAGGCAGAAGUGACCGUGCAGAUGAAGGGGACCAAUAAUAUUCCGGAUUUGGGAAAAAACCAAACGCUGUUUGGAAGAUAUUCCACUCUCUGUACAUUCAUUCUGUCUGAUUUCUUCUUCUGUUUUAAACCUGGAUCCUUUCGGUUGCAAAGCAUGGCUAGAUCCCCCCAGUUUGCUAGUCCAGGCCAAAACUGGCUUGUAGUUUAAUGUGUCUCAGGAACCCAAUCCCUAUCUUAGCUUGUUGGUGAACGGGGCCAUCUUCUUAAACGGGGGCUAAGUCUUGAGCUGCUAACAAAGAUUGUCAAGAGGUGGCAGCAGUGAGACACAGGAAGAACUAACUUUGGCUUAUCCAGGAUCCUUUGAACCUAGCCCCCGAGAAGCCAAAAUAUGGUUUGUUUGGGUACCACACACAGUGUCAAUACAGCCAUGCGUUUCAUUCACCUGGGUGUAAGUUUAGGAUGUUUUGUGCACCCAACUCAUGGGGUCUACGCUGAAUAAAACGUUCUGGGCCCCAACUCCUCUCUAUAAAAUGAAUUAAAAUCCAGAGUUUGAACACUGAGGAUAUCCAGGUUCAUUUUCUCUACCUGCCAUUCCGGAUUCACACAACAUGCUUCAUCAGAUCAAUUAAAUGCUGGGUUAGUUUUAACCUCAGGGUGCAAACCCAAUGCAGCUGGCCGAUGUAUAAAUGAACACAUUGCAUAAACCCAGAAAGCAGGUUCAUCCCGAAACCCGGUUAAAUGCAAAUAAACCCAGCCUAGGAAAAAGUGAUC